AUGGCGAUAUGCAUACAUUGGGCAGAGUUCCAGACAUCCAUUAAAGUCUUUCACAACGAUGGCCCGGAAAGAUGUUAUGGCCUGCUGAGCGCCAAUACGGCGAGCGAUCUGGCCUACGUGAUCUACACAUCUGGUACAACGGGCAUUCCUAAAGGAGUGUGUGUAAAUCAAGGUGCCGUGAUCAACAUGAUGCAGUCCUCAACAAUCGACUUCCACCUCAAUUCUGAUGACGUCAUUUACCAGUUCACGAAUUUCAUCUAUGACAACAGUGUGCUGGAGAUAUUCAUGACGUUAGUGAAUGGGGCAAAGUUACUCGUGGAUAAGGUGAUCUUCUCACCGCGGCGAUUCAUUAGCCUUAUGGAGCAAUACGGCAUUACCUACUGCCUCCUUUUCCCCGGACUAGUAGCUACAUUUAGCGAGCGGCAUUUCAGAAGACUUGCUGAUCUUCGCUACUGGAUUGUCGGUGCUGAGAAGUUCCCUCAGCAAAUGUUCGACAUGGCGAUUGAGGCCGGAGUGAGCGUUAUUCAGAACUUAUGGCCCAACAGAGACGACUGCGUACGCUUUGACAAAACACAUGAGGAUUACAGACCUGGCCAACAACCUGGGUAA